GUAACAUUUGGACGCAGGCCCCCCCGACAUGGACUCAAGCUCCUACACUGGUUCUCCACCGAGGCCGUGGAGUUUAAUUAUGACGGAGAGAUGGAGUUGCAGUGCGACCCAGACAAUGGGGAUUACGGAUUCCAUCACUACGGAAACUUCGAGGAUCUCCUCCCUCGGGGUGAGACAUACUUUGAAGUGGGAAACCUGAACUCGUUGUACCACCAUGGAGCCCAGGACCUGCCCGCCUAUGUGAGAGAGGCCUAUGGCAGCCAGAAAAACUGCUACGAACGAAACAAGGACCGCAUCAUUAUCAGCCUGGACAGAGCAUCGAGACUGAUAGGGGAAGUCUACAUCACAGAGCACAGAUUCGGUCUGAGCGACUUCAGUGAGGAAGGAACCUUUUUCCUCAGCCCUGACAUCAUCAGGGAAGCAGGGGACAUGCAGCUGAUGGACUUCCUGACAUGCGCUGGAUUCCUUUUCCCUGUGAAUCUGGGGGUGGACCUUCGGGAAAGUUCCUUUUCGUCCGACAGCUCCCUCGACAGCGAUGAGACUGAUGAUGAGGGGCAGGAUGACAGCUGUGGAUCUGAAGAGUGGGAAGGGCCAGAUAGCAAUGCAUCCUCAGGGUGGGGGGUGUCUAUCAGAUGGGCACCCAGCCCUGGAGAGGUGUGUUCUAGUCCACCUGCAAAUACAAACUGCAUGAACCCCCCUGACCACCUGCUGGUUCAAAACACACUCUCCCACGAAUUGCCCGGGGCUCAGCGGGAAGUUCAGAAACAGCCAUCUUUCCAGGAUUCUAAAGCUGAUCCAACAUUAGUGGAACUACUCCCUUGCAAACAGUUUAUUGCUGAUUCAAAUGUAAACCAGCCUGGUUCUGGGCCCACACCUUUGAACCAACUACUCUUUCAGCAGUCUGAUCUUCAGAACCACCCAUCUCGCCCACUGCUUUAUUCAGACGUAAAGCCUCAGAACAAAAACUUUUUUCUGCAUCCUGACCCUGAUACUAAACCACCAAACCAAAUGUCUUACCAGGAACCUGCUAGUGAUCCAAAACUACAGAGUCAGCCCCCUUACCAAAAUGAUGGUUUUGAUUCAAAAUGUGAAAACCACCUCUUCAGCACGCUGCCUGUGCCUCACCCAGAACCUCAGAACACAGGAUACCAGCAAGAUUCUGCAACCGGUGUUGGAAUUCCCCAUGGUCCAGACCACAAACAGGAGAUUAUGGACGAUGCAGUAGUGAUGAACUAUUUCAUCAAUCAAGAGGAUGUUGUACCUCUUGUCGUAAUUGUGAUGGUUGUUAUAAUACUGCUAGUUUUUUCGUUCAUAACCCUUGCAAGUUCACUGAGUAUACUGAGACUUAAUACUGAAUAUACUAUAUCCCAUGUUCGGUUAUCCUGA